AUGACGGAAGAUGAUCACGAGAAGGAGAGGGAUGGGGAGGAAAAGGGGGAGAACGGUCCAGGAACGGGUAUGGGUAAAGGAGAGGACACCGGAUUUCGGGGCGAUCACUGCGAGGAAAAUAUCGACGAUUGUCCAGGCAACCUCUGUCAAAAUGGUGCGACCUGCAUGGACCGAGUGAACGAGUACUCUUGCUUGUGUCCACCGGCCUUCACGGGCACGCAAUGCGAACUGGACGUGGACGAGUGCUCGGUACGGCCGUCCUUGUGUCACAAUGGGGCCACAUGCACGAAUUCACAUGGCAGUUAUUCGUGCAUAUGCGUGAACGGCUGGACCGGACCCGACUGCAGCGUCAACAUCGAUGAUUGUGCAGGCGCGGCUUGUUUCAAUGGGGCAACCUGCAUCGAUCGCGUCGGCAGCUUCUACUGCCAGUGCACCUACGGAAAGACUGGGCUGCUCUGCCAUCUUGAUGACGCUUGCACGUCAAAUCCGUGUCACGAGGGCGCGAUCUGUGACACCAGCCCUAUCAACGGGUCCUUCACCUGCUCCUGUGCCACCGGAUACAAAGGACUGGACUGUUCCGAGGACAUUGACGAGUGCACACAAGGCUCUCCUUGCGAGCACGACGGCAUCUGCGUGAACACGCCGGGAUCUUUCGCCGCAAAGUUUAACGCAUAUACCGUAUGUGACGCGAGUAAGCUGGAUUUGCAAGGUACAAAGGCAAAGGUAGAACGACACUGGACACAUUGUUCUGUCCCGCAGCGUUAUUUAUCUCGAACUGUCGCCAAGUUCUACGCCCAUCGUGGCACUCUCGUGUGCAUCGCAAAACAAGAAAGAAGAAGAAAACCAGGAAGACAGCAGAGAAAGAAAUUAUGA